AUGGCCCAACAAGACACGAUAGAGCGGAUAGACUCCGGCUGUCACGAUACCACAGACGGAGGCGCCGAUGAUCACAGCAGAAACGUGGAAAUGAUCAAAGCAGGAACCCUACCAACUUUGGUCGAAAACCUCACUCGGCAUGACAGACUAGACGCUGCCUUCAACCGAGCCUUCCUUGCCACCUAUACCUAUUUUACCUCAGGGUCCGAGCUUCUCGGCCACCUUAUCGACCGCUUUGAUAAUACCCAACCUCCCUCGACGGAUUCUACCGAAAUUGAGCAAUGGUCAACACAGACGAAGCCCCUCAUACGGUUACGCGUGGUAAACAUUCUCAGACAGUGGCUCGAGCACUUCUGGAGCGAGCCAAAAGGUCACGAUACAGAUGAACUUCUACGCGCAAUGCGAGCGUUUGUACAACGUGUCGCAUCGGAACCCGAAACCCCAACCCAACAACUUGACAUUAUCAUCCAACGCCGAUUAUCCGGUCAAACAUACACCAAAAAGUCACAUCCAUCAAUAUCAAAUCCCCCCAAGCCUAUCCUCCCACGCAAGCUGGACAAACUUCAAUUCAUGAAGAUCGAUGCCAAGGAGAUUGCACGGCAAUUGACGAUAUUAGAAGCACAAACAUUCAGCAACAUCCAGCGCGAAGAAUUCCUGCACAAAAACUGGCAAAAGAAAACCACGCCGCUAGUCGCUCCCAAUGUGAGGUGUUUGAUUCGACAUUCCAACCAAAUCUCAAAUUGGGUUUGCGGCGCCGUGCUUGCAGAGCCGGAUUUGAAAAAGCGCGCUCAGGUGGUAGAUCAUCUAGUCAAUGUCGCCAGUACAUGUCAUCAACUUCAAAAUUACUCCGCCGUGAUAUCCAUAUUGUCAGGGCUAGAGAGCGCGCCUAUCUAUAGACUCGCACGCACAUGGGCUAUGGUCACGGAACGUAGUUGCAAUAUGCUCAGGCCUUUACAGGCGAUGAUCGUCAGCGCACAGAACUAUCAGGCAUAUCGUGAGACGCUGCGAGUGGCUGUGCCGCCAUGUAUACCCUUUCUCGGCCUUUUCUUAAAAGACUUGACCUUCAUCGAGGACGGCAAUCCAGCCUUGACAUCGGACGGGCUGAUCAAUUUUCACAAAUAUACAAUGCUAGCCACGACUGUGCAAGAAGUUCAGCGAUGGAAAGAAGCCCCGUACUGCCUGCAGCCUGUGCCGGAGUUGCAGGAGUACUUGGCUAAACAGUUACAUUCGGCUGUUGAGCUACAUGAAAUGUGGGAUCGAAGUUGCGAAUUGGAGCCGAAGGGACGUGGGCUUGGCAACAGACCGAGGGACUUGUAUACCCCCACCGGAGGGAUGUCGGCUUCUAUGGUGGUUGCUUGCAUGGUACUGGAUGAUUGA